AUGACCGGCAUAGCAUCAGACGAUAAUAACCAUUCUUCAGAAACAUCAUCAUCAUCAUCAACAAGCGACGAGCGCGACACGACUCCUGCUGAAGAUGUUGAGCCCGCGCCAGGCACCGAUGCCAACGGGCGGCGGAGCAGUGUUGCAGAUGUGAUCGACCCGGUUGUCGCAGAGGUGGAGGGAAGCAGCGGCGACUAUGGGCUUCAGGGCAAGGACGACAGCAUGUUUCUGCACGAUUUCGACGUUGUCACCAUCCACGGUCUCCAUGGCCACCGCGAGACAACUUGGCAAGCGUGGGAUGAAUCGAAACGAGAGACAGUCCGUGGACUGGAGGAAUGGAAGUACGAUCUGGGCUUCCGUUUGAUGAACUAUGGUUACGAUGCUUUUAAGACGCUCUCGAAAGAGGGUAUAACUAAAGAAGCAUCAAAGCUGCUGCGUGCCGUUGUAGAGGCAAGGCAUGGAAGAGACAAGGUAUAUACCUUUUUUGGGAAGGGGGGAGGGCGAGCGAUGCAGGUGCGCACUUAUUGA